CUCAUGAGUUGCAAAAGUUGCAUAGUGAAACUUUUCAUAUAUGGUUUCAUGACCAUGUAAGUGAAAUGUUACUUAAUAAUUAUGACGUGCAAAAAUUCAUAAGCAUUUAAGUACUUGACUUAUACAGAUUAUGAAAUUAUGUAGGUCGCGAAUUCAGAAAACCAAGGAGACGCACUUGUCACAGAUGAACUUAGAUUUCUUGCACGUGGUCCUCUUGAUAAGGCAAGUAGAUUCAAUGGUUAUGUUGUAAAUGGACUCCAGUUCCACACUAAAGCAUGCGAGAAAUGGUUAAAAACUCAAAAUAGUGGGAUUGUAGUAACCUCUAGAUUGACAAGUUAUGCAAGUUCAAGAGAUGCAAGACCCAUUGAAGGAGAGGUCAAUUAUUAUGGGGCAUUAACUGACAUCAUUCAGUUGAACUAUUCUGGAAAAUUUAAGGUUGUAUUGUUUAAAUGUGAUUGAGUUGAUCUAAACAAAGGUUGCAAAAGAGAUAAAUUUAGUUUUAGACUAGUCAAUUUUUCACACCUUACGCAUACUGGAAAAAGUUUGGUUGAUGAUCCUUUUAUAUUUGCUACACAAGCAAAAAAGGUUUACUAUGUGGAGGAUGAUAGAGAUGACGGGUGGCUCUUGCCAAACAUGCAAAGCUAAGGGACACUUUUGAUAUGGGUGAUGAAUUAUCAUGUGGAAGUAGAGGUGGAAGAAACAACUCCCAAAAUCCAAAUCUUGAAAAUGAUGAUCCAAGUAAUCCUUCACUUUGGAUUGGAGAUGAGUAUAAUGAGGGAGUGGAAGUGACACCAAAGAUGGAAAAUGAGCUUGUGGAAGAGGAUCCAUUGUUGAUGAAUAUUUUGAUGAGGAUAUGUUUUAACAUAUAUUUAAAUAUUUUGUUUUUGUAUAUGUUUAAUAAUAAUAAUAAUACUUUGAAGUGAAGUUUGUUACAAAUAAAUUAUUGAUUCCUAGUGUUCUCUUUCUCCAUCUCAUUAAUAAGGUUGGAAAUGACACACAAACGGCUAAGAACCACCAAGACAGUACGUGCCUCAAGUUGUCAAUCGAAUUCAGGGCCUCCACAACACAUUCAAAAUAAGGAACAAUCAAUUUCUCACUUCCAAAAUAAGGAACAACCAGUUUCAUCACUGAAUAAUGUUCAUCCUCUCAAUGAAGAAGUGGAGCAAGUCACCGUUCCACCAAAGGCUAAAAAGCUUCAAGGUUACACACGUAUAGCUGAGAUAUGGGAUUUGAACAAAGAGGAACAAGUGAUAGUUGACGUGAAUGCUCACCAUAUACCAAUAGGUGAUUCAGCUGCAAAGCUAACAAGAUUCAUUGGUACCAUGGUUAGAAUGUUUGAUUUUGCUCCCUUGAAUUACACAACUUGGUCUCAACUUCCAGUUAGAAAGAAGGAAGAAAUGUGGGUGACUGUGAAGUCUAGGAGAAGUUUCAAUUUAAAACAUUGGACGGAAAAGUGGUUAUAGAUGGAGAGCCAUUUAAAUGUAUAUAAGUGUGGGCACUUGGCAACAUGAAUGCUAAGUGGAGGUACUGGAAAUGGAAGAAAAUGAUUUAUGUGAGUAUAUCAACUUACUUUAUUCUUGUUGAAAUUUGUUUGAACUGUUUGUAUUUCGUAUUGUGACACUGUUAACAUGCUAAUAUUCCUGCAGAAAUGUCCCCUUUGAUCAAGGGACAUUCCAGUUCUUGCACAAAAAUUGUUUGAGCAGGUAAUGUUGACAUUGUUUACUAAACUAUCAAUGUUAAGACUUUUCUGUUACAGAAUAAAAUUUUAGUCACAUGAGAAUCACAAUAUUGAUGCUAAAACCUAUAGACUAUUCACUGAUCAGUGAUCAACUUUAGUUAAACAACAAUGAAGGUGGGCAGGGUUCAUCAAUUUGUUGUGGGUCUAUUAAAUUUGCUUUUCACCAUUAUUUAGAAAGAUGACAUGAUUGUCAGACUAAAAUGGCUUACUAUGUUGAAAUUGUGGCAGGAACUACAUAAUGUACUGAGUUAUCUACAAGUCAAACUUUGUUGUCAAACUCUGUUACAUCAUUAAAAAUGAUGUAACUGUAUUUAUCAUUUGUUUGUGAAACAUUGAAACUUGUUUCUUUUCCUUCAUUUCUUUAUUUGUAUUCCUUAUUUUAUGGUGAUGUUUUUUUUUGAUGAAA